AUAGAUCAGCAUGUAAUUGAGUAUGUGUAUUAUAUUUGCAAGCUCUAUAAAUGUAUUGAGCGUGAAAUGAUGAUGAUUUUGGUAUGUGUAUCGAAAUAUCGUGUAAACAAUAUUAUUAUUAGUCGGCUGAGAAUAAACAAUUAAAGUUUCGGCGUCAAUAUCACAUUCAGUGUGUGACAGCAAUCGACAACGAUUUACUUUGACAGAGAGAGAAAAAUGGACCAAGACAUACUCACCAUUAAAUUGAAUUAUUCUAAAAUAAUUUUGGAUAAGCCACAGGCCCUUGCUGAUCAUGAAAUGAAAGAGCUUAUCAACGCCAUAAAGACCAAAAGAAAUCUUGAUAGCAAUCGACCCGCAUCGGAAACGAAACGGAAGAAAAAAAGAAAAUGUAAAUCACCGGAAUUGUGUGAAUUGGAAAAAAUCCAAAAGAAACUAUUCGAAAUUCCGAAAGACCAAAAACGAAAACCGGUACCGAGAAGACUCUUCACACCAACGCUGGACGAUAAUAUUCUUAUUAGUUUUAAAAAAUGCGAACAAAGCACACAAAAGACGAAAUCUACAGUGAUUUUUGCACGCCGCAAGUAAAUAUUACAUCUUACUCUAGAUCUUACCGAUUAUCUUCGAAGCCAUAGACCAUUGAUAAUGAUAUGUAGAACUUUUUCUGUUGACUGUAAAUAAGUAAGUAGUUGAUGUAAAUGCAAUACAUCAUAAAUGAUUGUAAUUAAAUUGUACAUUUUCUAUAAAAAAAUAUAUUUUUUACACGCAACAAAAUAUGUUCA